GCACAGGCGGCUUAGCUACAAUGAUCUGACCCUUGAAAAAACAUGUUUAUCUAAAUUAUAUCCAUCGAAAUCGGACACGGAAUUGGUGGUGCGGCUGCCCAGAUGACCGAUGAGCAGAAGCUAAACACCUUUAUGCAGCGGCAUGGUGUCAGGGAGGAGGUGGCACGCCGGUACUUGAGUGCCAACAACUGGGCCCUGGAUUUGGCGAGCAACAUCUAUGAGUCCGAUACGGCGGCUAAAAACAGUCCGGAUAAAAGCCAACGGUCAAAGAAGUCUGAAAAAUCGGAAAAGCCAGACCCUACGAUAGCGGAGAGUAGCCAUCGAGAUCUGCAGUCUCUGCGGAGUCAGCACUCGAGAAAACAAUCCGAUAGUGAUGGCUACCAAGCCGAGAUGUCGGUUUCGGGAAGCUCAUCCGCCCACGACGUAGCAAGUAAUAAACGUGUGGCUAUCGAAGACUCCACUCCGGCCCUGACCACCAACGACAGCGACCGGAGUCUGCGCGUCUGGGGCCAUGGAAUUCCGCUGGGCAGCGCCCAUCCCAUUAACCCACCACCAGCCCGAGCCACCACGGAGGACUCGGACACUGAACCCACCGACGACGAGCACACCAUUGUGGUUCUGCAUCUCUGGUCCGAAGGAUUCUCCCUGGACGAUGGUACCCUGCGGCCAUAUGCCGUUCCGGAAAACGAACGAUUCCUUCGGGCCGUAUUGCGCGGCGACUUCCCUAUUGAGAUGCUGGACAAUCGGCCUCGGGUCGAGCUGAGUGUCCAGGAUCAUACCAACGAACGCUUCCGCACCCUCUCACGCAAACAGUUCCUGGGACCAGGUCGCUCUUUGGUCAAUCCCUCGCCAACAUUAGCCUUGCCCAUUCCAGGAUCCCAGGUUGCGAUGCAGGCAGUCCAGCUGAACGAGGGAGCUGCCAUUACCACGGUGCAAAUGCGGUUGGCGGAUGGUAGCCGUGUAACAGGCCGCUUCAACCUCACCCAUAAUAUCGGAGACCUGUAUCGAUAUGCCCGAUUGGCCAGGCCCCAGUUUUCCGAUCGCAGCUUCGUCCUGAUGACAUCCUUCCCGAGACAGGAACUCCAAGAAACGGACACACGCACCCUAGGGCAGGCCAAUCUCUGCAAUGUGGUGGUCAUUCAACACCUAAACGAGGAGCAAGAGGACCUAGUGUCGAGUGAUUCCUCUGAAUAGAUUGUUAAAUAAAUAGACUGAUUAGAUGGAUUCGGCUUAAA